AUUCAUGGAAUUUAUUCGCGACUUUGAAGUGCUCAAGAUAACGUAGGAGUAUACGAAGUAUAAUUUAAAAACGCUAAAAGAAUGCAAGGACUCAGGCCUGGCGAUUUGAAAAAGCAUCCAGCUUUGAUUCCACUGUACGUGUGUAUCGGAUUGGGAGGAUGUUGGAUGGCUUUUUACGUUAUGCGUUUGGCAACUCGCAAUCCGGACGUGUCCUGGACGAACAAAAGGGAGGCUGAGCCAUGGAAUUAUUACAAAGACAAACAGUACAAGUUCUAUUCUCCAAAAACAGAUUAUAGCACCAUUAAGAGUCCGGCGCCUGAAUACUAAAAAUUGUUCUAUGUGAGCUAGUACUUGUAUAGAAAUAAAGUUUUAUGAUAUUUAUUAUUUAAGUAUCUUAUUUCAUCUGUAGAAUUAAUGGUAUCAAUUGGGGCUUAGUUACAGUGCAACAAUUUACCAACUGCAACAAUGUUAAAAAUUUCUAUUUUAUGUCAAAACUGUAUAUUAUGUAAUAUAAAUUUUGAUCAGAAUAUUCAAUAAAGAAACUAUGUAUCUAAGGUAA